AUGGGCGCUAUCUCGUGGUGUAGCUCUUUUAGAACUCUUGGUGAGAGUUCAUCUGGGCCAGAGGCUUUGUUUGGAGAGAGCCCCUGCAGGAGUUUAUCAACACCCUCUUCUGUAACGGAGAUCAUGGGCAUGUUGGGUGUUGAAGUAUGUUAUGAUUUUUUGUUUGACAAUAAAGAAUUCCUAAUAUCUCACAUAAGGAACUCAUUUAUUACAAGUGAUGACACUGGAAUGUGUGAGAUGAUUAUUGAUGUGGAUGAUCAUGAACAGCAUAGAAAUGGUUUAGCCAGUGACAGUGGGAUGGAAUCCUCGGAUAAUGAACUCUCUCAUUCAUAUGAUAUACUGCCAGACAUGGAUUUUGACCAUCCACAUCGACGAAGAUCUAACACAGCACAGAGGCUGGAAAGAAUGAAGAAAGAAAAGAGAAACCAGAGCAAAGUGAAGAAUAUACCCUGGAAGGAUGCCAACUUACAGUAUAACGCGGAGGAGAAAGGUCAUUUAUUUGAGAAGAAAGAUUUAUCACCACUGAAGUGGAGUGAUACUUCUCUGAUCUCCAGGUUGUCCGAGCAGUUGGAUAGCAGUGCCAGUAUGGGAGAAAACCCCUUCUUAGAAUACGCCAAGUUUGAUGGCAAGGAAAUUGUGUGAUUAUAAAUCUGUAAC